AUGUAUGGUUUGAAUUAUAGAAUUCCUCAUUCUAGAUAGGUAUCAGAUUAAGGAAAAAGAGAAGACAAAUCUACAAUUAAAUAAGGGAAUCAGGGAGCAUAGAUAAUUCAAAAUAAUCGGUAUUUUCAAACAGUUUAAUUGGAGUAGGAUAGAAUAAAAUGAUCAUUCUCCUUCACCAUUAUUUCAUGGAAUACAGAAAUUUUCAGUUUAAUCAAGUUAAUCCACAUCAGCAAAUCACUCAAAAUAAUCUUCAAUAUCAAAGCCAAAAUAAAAUUAAUAAAUGUCAUUUCUAAAUUAUUUGAUGCUUAAAAAAGAAGAUGAAUAAUAAGAAAAGCAAGUUACAUAACAUCAAUAGAAACAACAAUCUUUUUAAUAAAAUAAUUAUUUUGCAAAUGAUCUUCAAAUUCAAAGAAAUAUGUUUAAUUUUCUUUAUGUAAUUGGUGUUGGUGGAUUUGGCAAAGUUUGGAAAGUAGAAUAAAAAAAGACUGGUUAAACCUAUGCUCUUAAAGAAAUGUCAAAAGCAUUGUAAUAUAGAUUUUAUUGUUAUAAGAAUUAUUGCAAAAAAAAGUGUUAAUUCAGUUAUGAAUGAAAAGAACAUUUUGAGUAAUCUCAAACAUCCGUAUAUUAUUAUUUAUUAUAAAUAGCUAUUUGGUUAAUAUCUAUUAUGCAUUUUAAGAUAGAGAAAAUUUGUUUUUGGCAUUAGAUUAUAUGUAGGGAGGUGAUUUAAGAUAUCAUCUAGGAAGAAUGCGUAGAUUUAGUGAAGAUUAAACAAGUAUAUCAUUUAGUGUAAUAAAGAGGAUUUUUUAUGGCUUGUAUAUUUUUGGGUUUAGAAUACAUGCAUUCCUAAAAUAUUAUUCAUAGAGAUAUAAAACCUGAAAAUUUAGUACUUGAUAAAAAUGGUAUACUUUAUAAAUAAAAUAGGUUAUGUUAGAAUAACUGAUUUAGGAAUAGCUAGAGUUCUAAGACCUGAUAAUGCUCAAGAUACAAGUGGUACACCUGGAUAUAUGGCACCUGAAGUGAUGUGUCGAUAGAAUCAUUCAUUUUCUGUUGAUUACUUUGCUCUUGGAGUUAUAGGAUAUGAAUUUAUGUUAGGAAGAGUAAAUAGAUAAUUUUAAUAUUAUAUAGAGACCAUACACAGGAAGAUCUAGAAAAGAAAUCAGAGAUUAGAUUUUAGCUAAAUAAAGUCAAAUUAAAAGAUCUGAAAUUCCUGAUAAUUGGUCUUUGGAAUCAGCAGAUUUCAUCAAUAGAGUAUUAAAACAAAAUUAUUAAGCUUAUAUAAAGGAAGCCUUCUAAUCGUUUAGGAUUUAAUGGGGCUUAAGAAUUGAGGCAACAUACUUGGUUCAAGAAUUUUCCUUGGUAAAAACUGUAUAACAAAGAGUUAAAGGCUCCAUUUAUUCCACAUGUAAAUAAAUUGAGAUUGAUUUUAUAGUAAUCUGAGGAUAAUUUUGAUGCAAGAUAAAUAUCAAUUGAAAAUGAAGAAAAUACAGAAUUAAUUUAAUAGAAUGCUUUGAUGCUUAGAAGAAAUUCAAUAUAAAGUAUUUAUUUAAUAAUCUCAAGCUUAAUUUGAUGGAUAUGAUCUUAAUAACUUUACUUAGACAAGUGAGCCAAUCAAAUAACAACUUAAUAAUAUUAAUUAUUGA